GCGAGCGUGGACGCAGCCUUUCCCAGGAGCGCAAGGAGUGGCGACGGCGAUAUGCGCGGGGGCGGUACGGGAGCCGCGCUCCCGGCGCUCCUGGCCUCGGUGCUCUGGGUCACCGUGCAGAGCCAGCAGAGAGGCUUGUUCCCUGCCAUUCUCAACCUGGCCACCAGUGCCCACAUCAGUGCCAAUGCGACCUGUGGCGAGAAGGGGCCUGAGAUGUUCUGCAAACUCGUGGAGCACGUGCCCGGCCGACCUGUCCGACACUCCCAGUGCCGGGUCUGCGACGGUAACAGUACAAAUCCUAGAGAGCGCCACCCGAUAUCACACGCGAUAGACGGCACCAAUAAUUGGUGGCAGAGUCCCAGUAUCCAGAACGGGAGAGAGUAUCACUGGGUCACCAUCACCUUGGACUUACGGCAGAUCUUUCAGGUUGCGUAUGUCAUCAUUAAAGCCGCUAAUGCCCCUCGCCCCGGAAACUGGAUUUUGGAGCGAUCCGUGGAUGGCAUCAAGUUCAAACCCUGGCAAUACUAUGCAAUCAGCGAUGCGGAGUGUUUGACACGCUACAAAAUAUCUCCAAGGCGGGGACCUCCCACUUACAGAGCUGACAAUGAAGUGAUCUGUACCUCGUAUUAUUCGAAACUUGUACCACUUGAGCAUGGAGAGAUUCACACAUCACUCAUCAACGGCAGGCCAAGCGCUGAUGACCCUUCACCCAAGCUGCUGGAGUUCACCUCAGCACGGUACAUACGGCUUCGUCUGCAGCGUAUCAGGACACUCAAUGCAGACCUCAUGACCCUUAGCCAUCGGGACCUCAGAGACCUUGACCCUAUUGUCACAAGACGCUAUUACUAUUCAAUCAAAGACAUUUCCGUCGGAGGCAUGUGCAUUUGCUACGGCCACGCCAGCAGCUGCCCAUGGGACGAAGAAGCUAAGCAACUGCAGUGUCAGUGUGAGCAUAACACCUGCGGGGAGAGCUGUGACCGCUGCUGUCCUGGCUUCCAUCAGCAGCCCUGGAGGCCCGGGACCAUUUCCUCGGGCAACGAGUGUGAAGAAUGCAAUUGUCACAAUAAAGCCAAAGACUGUUACUACGACGAGAACGUUGCAAAGGAGAAGAGAAGUCUGAACAUGGCUGGGCAGUACAUUGGAGGGGGCGUUUGUAUCAACUGCCGGCAGAACACCACAGGGAUCAACUGCGAGACCUGUGUCGAUCAGUAUUACAGACCUCACAAGGUGUCUCCUUAUGAGGACCAGCCUUGUCGUCCCUGUGACUGUGACCCAGUGGGGUCCCUGAGUGCUGUCUGUAUCAAGGAUGACCUCCAUUCUGACUUAGCCAACGGGAAGUGGCCAGGCCAGUGUCCGUGUAAGGAAGGUUAUGCAGGAGACAAAUGUGAUCGCUGCCAGUUUGGCUACCGGGGUUUCCCAAACUGCACACCCUGUGACUGCAGUACGGUGGGCAGCGUGAAUGAUGACCCAUGCUCAGAGCCAUGUCUUUGUAAGAAAAAUGUUGAAGGAAAGAAUUGUGAUCGCUGCAAGCCAGGAUUCUAUAACUUGCUGGAAAGAAACCCCCAGGGCUGCUCUGAGUGCUUCUGCUUCGGCGUCUCUGAUGUCUGUGACAGCCUCACGUGGUCCAUUAGUCAGGUGACCAAUAUGUCAGGGUGGCUGGUCACUGACUUCAUCAGUCCAAAUAUGAUCCAGUCUCAGCAGGAUGCCCUGGGUGGGCGCCAUCAGGUCAGCAUCAACAACACGGCUGUCAUGCAGAGACUGCAGUCCACGUACUACUGGGCAGCUCCGGAGGCCUACCUCGGAAACAAGCUGACGGCAUUUGGCGGGUUCCUGAAGUACACGGUGUCUUAUGACAUCCCGGUGGAGACAGUCGACGGUGACCUCAUGUCUCAUGCUGACGUCAUCAUCAAGGGAAAUGGGCUCACUCUAAGCACAAAGGCAGAGGGCCUGUCCUUGCAACCCUAUGAGGAAUAUUUCAACAUGGUUAGACUUGUGCCCGAGAACUUCCGGGACUUUAAAUCCAGAAGGGAGAUUGACCGCGACCAGCUAAUGACCGUCCUGGCCAAUGUGACACAUCUCUUGAUCAGAGCCAAUUAUAAUUCUGUGAAAAUGGCACUCUACAGGCUGGAUUCCGUCUCUCUGGACGUAGCGAACCCUAAUGCUAUAGACCUGGCAGUAGCCGCUGAUGUGGAGCACUGUGAAUGUCCCCAAGGCUACACGGGGACCUCCUGUGAGUCCUGCCUCCCGGGCUAUUAUCGAGUGGAUGGGAUACUCUUUGGAGGAAUCUGCCAGCCCUGCGAAUGCCACGGCCAUGCAUCCGAGUGUGACAUUCAUGGAAUUUGCUCCGCUUGUACACACAACACCACAGGGAAUCACUGUGAACAGUGCCUGCCUGGCUUCUACGGGACACCUUUGCACGGGACGCCAGGGGACUGCCAGCCUUGUGCCUGCCCCCUCCUCAUUGACUCCAACAAUUUCAGCCCCACCUGCCACCUUACUGACGGAGAAAAUGUGGUUUGUGACCAGUGUGCUCCGGGUUACUCAGGAUCCUGGUGUGAGAGAUGUGCAGACGGUUACUAUGGAAACCCAACAGUGCCAGGGGGAACCUGUGUACCAUGCAACUGCAGCGGCAAUGUUGAUCCGUUGGAGGCUGGCCACUGUGACUCUGUCACCGGGGAAUGUCUGAAGUGCUUGUGGAACACAGAUGGUGCCCAUUGUGAAAGGUGUGCAGAUGGCUUCUAUGGAGAUGCUGUGACUGCCAAAAAUUGCCGGGCCUGUAACUGCCAUGAAAACGGCUCCCUUUCUGGCGUGUGCCAUCUGGAGACUGGGCUGUGUGAUUGCAAACCUCAAGUGACAGGCCAGCAGUGUGACCAGUGCCUGCCUGGCUUUUAUGGGCUGGACACAGGGCGUGGCUGUAUGCCCUGCAACUGCAGUGUGGAGGGCUCCACAUCAGACAACUGCACAGAGGAUGGCCAGUGUCCCUGUGUACCGGGCGUCAGUGGGAAAACAUGCAACAGGUGUUCACACGGCUUCUAUGGGUACCAGGAUGGUGGCUGUACACGUAAGCUCUCGAGUUCCUUAUGUUCCCUAUACAAGCAUUUGGUCCUGGGUCCCCACCUGCUUGAGAAUGUCUUGGGACUCCAGUGCAGUGAGUGCCGAGCCGGCACCUUUGCCUUGCAAACUGACAACCCCCUAGGCUGCAGCCCAUGCUUCUGCUUUGGUCUGUCCCAGCUCUGUUCAGAGUUGGAGGGGUAUGUGAGGGCUCCGAUAAUGCUUGCCCCGGAUCAGCUCCUCCUGCAUGUGGUUUCCCAGAGCAACCUCAAGGGCACGGUUGAAGGCGUGCAUUUCCAGGACCCUGACACCUUGCUGGAUGCAGAGGCUGUCCGCCAGCAUGUCCAUGGGGAGCCAUUUUACUGGCGGCUUCCAAAGCAGUUUGAGGGAGAUCAGCUCUUGGCUUACGGAGGGAAACUGCGGUACAGUGUGGCUUUCUACUCUACCCAUGGCUCCGGCACAUCCAAUUACGAACCUCAAGUUCUCAUCAAAGGAGGUCGGGCCAGGAAGCACGUCAUUUAUAUGGAUGCCCCAGCGCCAGAGAAUGGAGUGAGACAGGCUUACGACGUGGGAAUGAAAGAGGAGUUUUGGAAAUAUUUUAACUCUGUGUCCGAAGAGCACGUUACGCACUCCGACUUCAUGUCUGUUCUGAGCAAUAUUGAGUAUAUCCUCAUCAAGGCAUCGUACGGUCAAGGAUUACAGCAGAGCAGAAUUGCCAAUAUUUCCAUGGAGGUUGGCAGGAAGGCUGGAGAGCUGCCCCCUGGGGGAGCGAUCGCGUCCCUGUUAGAGCACUGUGUCUGUCCUCCUGGCACCACGGGGUUCUCCUGUCAGGACUGUGCUCCUGGGUACCACAGAGGGAAGCUCCCAGAAAGCGGUGGCUGGGGACCCCGCCCUCUGCUGGCUCCUUGUGUGCCCUGCAAUUGCAACAACCACAGUGAUGUCUGUGACCCUGAAACUGGGCAGUGUCUGAACUGCCGCGACCACACGGCUGGUGACCACUGCGAGAUGUGUGCUCCCGGCUUCUAUGGGAAGGUGAUUGGGUUGCCUGGAGACUGCACCCCGUGUACCUGUCCUCACCGCCCCCCUUUCAGGGCCGCUAAAGAGUUAUUGUCACGAAUUCAGAAGAGGUUCCAGAAGCCCCAGGAAAAGCUGAAGGCAUUGAAGGAGGCAGCCAGUGGCCUCCUUUCAAACCACAGCGAAGAAGUGCAGGCGGCAGAGGAGCUCCUGAGGGAAGCUGAGACCAAGACCCAGGAGAGCAACCGCCUGCUGCUCCUCGUCAAGGCCAACCUGAAAGAGUUCAGCGAGAAAAAGCUGAAUGUUCAAGAAGAACAAAACUUGACCUCAAAGCUCGUCGCCAAAGGAAGAGAAUGGGUAGAUGCCGCCACCGCUCACGUGGAUACUGUUCAAGACACCUUCACGCAGCUGGAGCGGCACAGAGAUGAGCUCCUUUUGUGGACCAGUAAGCUCCGGAGCCACGUCGAUGAGCUGGUCAUGCAGAUGUCCAAACGAAGAGCUCGUGACCUGGUCCACAGAGCUGAGAGCCAUGCCUCUGAGCUGCAGAGCCUUGCAGGUGUUUUCGACAGUGACCUUGAAAAUGUUAGAAACGUGUCUUUGAACGCCACCAGCGCAGCCCACGUUCACGCCAACAUUCAGAUCAUGAUGGAAGAAGCAGAGAGACUGGCCGCUGAUGCUCACAAGACCGCGAAUAAGACAGCCUUGAUCUCGGAACCCCUGGUUUCUCAGGGGAACGCAGUUCUGCAGAGCACUUCCAGGUUUCUAAAGGAAAGCGUCAGUGCCAGGAGGAAGCAGCAAGGUAUCACACUGAAGCUAGAUGAGCUGAAAAAUCUCACGAGUCAGUUUCAAGAGAGUGUGGAUAACAUCACGAGGCUGACCAACAACUCCCUCUCCAUGCUCAGAGAAAUCCCUGGAGGUCUGAGAGAGAAGGGGAGGAAAGCUAGAGAGCUGGCUGCAGCUGCCAACCAGAGUGCGGCGAGGACGCUAGAGGAAGUCCUGGGUUUAAGCCUGGGGGUUGUCAACACAUCAGGGGACCUGUCCAGAGUGAAUGCCACAGUGCAGGAGACAAAUGACCUUCUGCAUAGCUCCUCAAUGACCACUCUGUUGGCUGGAAGGAAAAUGAAAGACAUGGAAAUGCAAGCCAAUCUCUUAUUCGAUCGACUGAAGCCUAUGAAAUCGCUGGAAGAGAACCUGAGCCGAAACCUGUCGGAGAUCAAGCUUCUGAUCAGCCGGGCCCGCAAACAGGCAGCUUCGAUCAAGGUUGCUGUGUCUGCGGACAGAGACUGCAUUCGCGCCUACCAGCCUCAGAUUUCCUCUGCCAACUAUAACACAUUGAUGCUGACCGUUAAGACACAAGAGCCUGACAACCUUCUCUUCUACCUUGGCAGCAGCACCAGUUCCGAUUUUCUCGCAGUGGAGAUGCGGCGGGGAAAAGUGGCCUUUCUCUGGGACUUGGGCUCCGGGUCCACAAGGUUGGAAUUCCCAGAUGUCUCCAUCAAUGACAACAGGUGGCACAGCAUCUACAUAACCAGGUUUGGAAACGUGGGGUCACUGAGUGUAAAGGAACUAAGUUCAGCUGAGAACCCACCAGUCAAAACAAGCAAAUCUCCUGGGAUGGCCAAGGUUCUGGACAUAAACAAUUCAACACGAAUCUUCGUGGGAGGGCUUGGAGGUCAGAUCAAGAAAUCUCCCGCUGUGAAGGUUACUCAUUUUAAGGGCUGCAUGGGAGAGGCCUUCUUGAAUGGCAAAUCGAUCGGCCUGUGGAAUUAUAUUGAAAGAGAGGGGAAGUGCAAUGGCUGCUUUGGAAGCUCACAAAACGAAGACUCUUCCUUCCAUUUUGAUGGAAGUGGGUACGCAGUCGUGGAGAAGACCCUGCGGACCACCGUGACACAGAUACUCGUUCUCUUCAGCACCUUCUCUCCCAACGGGCUUCUUUUCUACCUGGCUUCCAAUGGCACCAAGGACUUUCUGUCCAUCGAGCUGGUCCGUGGCAGGGUUAAAGUGAUGGUGGAUUUGGGGUCAGGACCCCUCACUCUUAUGACAGACAGACGCUAUAACAACGGAACCUGGUACAAGAUCGCCUUCCAGCGAAACCGGAAGCAAGGGCUGCUGGCUGUCUUCCACGCCUAUGACACAAGUGACAAGGAGACCAAGCAAGGAGAAACCCCAGGAGCCUCUUCCGACCUCAAUCGGCUGGAGAAAGACCUGAUUUACGUGGGUGGAGUACCCCACUCUACCGCUGUGAGGAAAGGGGUCAGCAGCAGAAGCUACGUGGGCUGUAUCAAGAACCUGGAAAUAUCCAGGUCCACCUUUGAUUUGCUGAGAAACUCCUAUGGCGUGAGGAAAGGCUGUGCAUUGGAGCCCAUCCAGAGUGUGAGUUUCCUGAGAGGUGGCUACGUGGAGGUACCACCCAAAUCUCUGUCACCAGAAUCAUCCCUGCUAGCCACGUUCACCACCAAGAACAGCAGUGGCAUCAUUGUGGCUGCACUGGGCAAGGAUGUGGAGAAGGCUGGUUGGUCUCAGGCACAUGUGCCCUUCUUCUCCAUCAUGCUGAAUGAAGGCCGCAUUGAAGUGCAUGUCAACUCCGGGGAUGGGACCAGUCUGCGGAAGGCCCUGCUGCAUGCCCCCACUGGCUCCUACGGUGACGGACAAGAACAUUCCAUCUCCUUGGUUAGGAAUCGAAGAGUCAUCACUAUACAAAUGGACGAGAGCAGUCCUGUCGAAAUGAAGUUGGGUCCAUUAGCCGAAGGAAGGACAAUCGACAUAGCCAACUUGUACGUAGGGGGGCUUCCAAUGGACAAGGGGACGCCGAUGCUGAGGAUGAGGACUUCUUUCCAUGGCUGUAUCAAAAACUUGGUCUUUGACUCUGAACUUUUGGAUUUCACCCAUGCGGUUGGCUCUGAGUUAGUAGAACUGGACACUUGCUUGCUGGCAGAAGAGCCCCUGCAAGAGCUUCAUGAAGAACACGGGGAACUCCCUCCAGAGCCCCCAACGCUACAACAGCCUGAACUCUGCGCAGUGGACCCGGCUCCAGGGUUUGUUCCAGGCGCUCACCAGUUUGGCCUCUCAGAAAACAGCCACUUAGUGUUGCCUUUGAAUCAGUCCGAUGUCCGAAAGAGGCUCCAGGUUCAGCUGAACAUUCGGACUUUUGCCUCCAGUGGCCUUAUUUACUACAUGGCAAAUCAGAACCAAAUGGACUAUGCCACGCUCCAGCUCCACGAGGGCCGCCUCCACUUCAUGUUUGACCUUGGCAAGGGCCGAACCAAGGUCUCCCAUCCUACACUGCUCAGUGAUGGCAAAUGGCACACGGUCAAGACGGAGUACGUUAAAAGAAAGGGCUUCCUGACUGUUGAUGGCCAAGAGUCCCCGACUGUGACUGUGGUGGGCAAUGCAACGACACUGGAUGUGGAAGGGAAGCUGUACCUUGGAGGCCUUCCUGUCCACUACAGAGCCAGGAACAUUGGGAACACAACCCACAGCAUCCCUGCCUGCAUUGGGGAAGUGACAGUAAACAGCAAACAGCUGGAUAAAGACAGCCCCACGUCUGCCUUUGCAGUGGACAGGUGCUAUGCAUUGGCCCAAGAAGGAACUUUCUUUGAAGGAAGUGGAUAUGCAGCUCUUGUCAAGGAAGGCUACAGAGUGCGAUUAGAUUUAAACAUCACCCUGGAGUUCCGCACCUCCUCUAAGAAUGGCGUCCUCCUGGGAAUCAGCAGUGCCAAAGUGGAUGCCAUUGGCCUAGAGAUUGUAGACGGCAAGGUCUUAUUUCACGUCAAUAAUGGCGCUGGUAGGAUAACAGCCACAUACAAGCCCAGAGCCUCCAGAACUCUCUGUGACGGGAAAUGGCACACGCUCCAAGCCCAGAAAAGCAAACACCGCAUUGCCCUGACUGUGGAUGGGAAUCCUGUUAGGGCUGAAAGUCCUCACACCCAUUCCACCUCGGCCGACACUAAUGAUCCCAUUUAUGUGGGCGGCUAUCCUGCCCACGUCAAGCAGAACUGUCUGACCAGCCAGACCUCAUUCCGGGGCUGUGUGAGGAAUCUGAAGCUGAGCAGGGGAACACAGGUGCAGGCCUUGGACUUGAGCAGGGCCUUUGACAUACAAGGAGUCUUCCCUCAUUCCUGCCCUGGGCUUGAGUCCUGAACUGCUGCCAGAACCCUCCUUUGGGAUCAUUGCUAACAUGCUGAGGAGAAACAAGUUGGUGAACUCAAGUGUCUUCUCUUCAGGUUUCAUUUCCAACUCAGGUUAUGUUUCCAGAGAAAAAUGCUGUAUUUAUGUUGAACUAAAGCCACAUGUACAACAGAUACCUCUAUUAAAUAGUCCAAAAUGUCAGUUGAAUUCAUGGUCUCCUUUUUCAGGUUGUCCAAAUGGAUCUUUGUGGACAUGGUGCAUUCUGCUGAAGACUUGACAGUGUUCCCUGGGGGGUGGCAGAUCACAGUAUUAGAUUAGAGCAGAAUAUGGAUAGUUUCAUUUCUUCUCUCUUUGCUUUUAACCUUCAUACAUUGUACUCCCUGGGUAGCAAUUAGGACACAGUCUAGUUGGUUUCCUACCAAAACAGAAACAUUGUCAAGGACUCUCCCUAGGAUCCAGAGUCUGAGACAUGUGGUGGCCCACGGGUUGGGAUAGAACUUAAUGCCUCUCCUCACAAGCAGCCAGGGAAAGAAGAUCAAGUUUUCAAGAGAGUGAAAUCAAUAAGUGCCAUCCUCAGGAAAGAAUUUAUCAGACAAAACUUUCACUCCUCUAUGAUUUAGUCACAUACAUCUUUACAUAGCCCAGUCUGGCCUUGAGCACACUUCCCGAGUCAGCUUCUCACAUCUGAUUCUCAAAGUUUGCCUCCAUGUCCAGCUCAAGGACUUUAAAGUAGCUAUUAUUUCAUCUCAGCAUUAUGAGGACAAGGAAAUAUUUGCGUGUUUUAGGUGUAUGAAGUGACAGAAAUUUUAACAAAGAAUUGGGAAAUAUGAGAGAGAUUGAAAUGGAAGUUAUUUAUGUUAUUUUUUUAUUAUUAUUUACUUUUUAGGCCAGGGUCUACUAUAUAGCCCUAGAUGUCCUAGAACUCACUAUGUAGAGCAAUCUGGGAUCCAACUCAGAGAUCCUCCCACCUCUGCUUCACGAAUACUGUGAGUAAAGGUCUGUGCCAUCACUCCUGGCCAAAAACAAACAUCUAAUAAUUCAAGAGUCAUAUUUAAACAUAGUAAAGAUAAAUGUUGCAAACCCAUAGGUAACAGUAUGCUAAGCAUUGAGAAGAUGGCAUCACUCCUUUGAUUUGGAAGAGCCAACUGUGUCUACUCUCAAUAUUUUUCUUCUUUUUAUUUAU